CUCAUGUCCAUCACCCACUUUUCUAGUCAUCAUCACAGUCAUGAGGUAGGUGGGAAUAUCAUCCUGAAGGCUGCGAAAUGAAUCUGUGCUGUCUGUCCAAACCGCAGGUGCAUCAAUAUGCAGGUGUGGUUUAAAGAACAGACUAAGGUUUUAGUGAAUUUCACUAACACGUUUACGAUCGUUCAACGCAUCGAUAUCCCCAUCUCGUGUUCCUCUAUGCUUGUUUCGCUCAUUCGCACAGAGCUCCUUUGUCAAUGCGUCUUUCAAUUUCUGUAGCUUUUCCCCAGAGGAGUUAUUUUGCUGGAGGAUCGCGCAUUGAAAUUGUUUGGAUCUUUCCUUGUUUGGAGAUGACAGGUCAUUUUAAGGCAAGCGGGAAACCAGAGUGAGUUGCCAUGGCGGCAGGAGUGGCUGCAUGGCUUCCCUUCGCCCGGGCAGCAGCCAUUGGCUGGAUGCCUGUGGCCAACUGCCCCAUGCCUAUCGCUCCUAGAGACCACACAAAGAGACAUGAUGAGCUGAUCAUCCUGAAUGUGAGUGGACGACGCUUCCAGACCUGGAGGACCACACUGGACCGCUACCCAGACACCCUGCUGGGAAGCUCAGAGAAACAGUUUUUUUACGAUGAGGAGACCAAAGAGUAUUUUUUUGACCGGGACCCAGACUCCUUCCGUAGCAUUCUCAACUUCUAUCGGACGGGCAAGUUGCACUAUCCACGCUAUGAGUGCAUCUCGGCCUACGACGAAGAGCUAACCUUCUUCGGCAUCAUCCCAGAGAUCAUCGGUGACUGCUGCUAUGAAGAGUACAAGGAUCGGAAGCGGGAGAAUGCUGAACGUCUCCAGGACGACCAGGAUGACAACAAGGACUGCAAGCUGCCCAACAUGACAUACAGAGAGACCAUGUGGAGGGCUUUUGAGAACCCUCACACCUCCACCAUGGCCCUGGUGUUCUACUAUGUCACCGGCUUCUUCAUCGCCAUCUCAGUCCUCACCAACGUGAUAGAGACGGUUCCGUGCGGUGCCACGCCUUCCCAGAAGGACAUGCCAUGUGGCGAGCGCUACACCGUAGCCUUCUUCUGCAUGGACACGGCCUGCGUCCUCAUCUUCACCAUAGAGUACCUCAUGAGACUGUUUGCCGCGCCCAGCCGUUACCAAUUCAUGCGCAGUGUGAUGAGCAUCAUCGACGUGGUGGCCAUCUUUCCCUACUACAUCGGCCUGGUGAUGACAGACAACGAGGAUGUGAGCGGAGCCUUUGUCACACUCCGUGUGUUCCGUGUGUUCCGCAUCUUCAAGUUCUCCCGCCACUCGCAGGGCCUCAGGAUCCUGGGGUACACGCUGAAGAGCUGCGCCUCGGAGCUGGGCUUCCUCCUCUUCUCCCUCACUAUGGCCAUCAUCAUCUUCGCCACCGUCAUGUUUUACGCAGAGAAGGGGUCGUCGUCGACCAAGUUCACCAGCAUCCCAGCCUCCUUCUGGUACACCAUUGUCACAAUGACCACGUUGGGUUACGGGGACAUGGUGCCCAAGACGAUCGCAGGGAAGAUCUUUGGUUCUAUCUGUUCUCUGAGCGGGGUGCUGGUAAUCGCCCUGCCCGUUCCCGUCAUUGUGUCCAACUUUAGCCGCAUCUAUCACCAGAACCAGAGAGCUGACAAACGGCGUGCUCAGAAAGUACAGAAAGCCAGACUGGCCAGGAUAAGAAUAGCCCAGGCAGGCAGCUCCUGCACGGGAUUCCUUCAGAGCAAACGCAACGACCUCCUCAACGACCUGCUGGAGCUCACGCAACAACCUUACAAGCAAAACAAUAUCCACGAGGGCUCAGACGAUGAGGAACUGCUGCUCAGCAAGAGCAUGUCAUUAUUAGAGAGUCAACACCACCAUCUAUUGCACUGUCUGGAGAAGACCACUGCCCAUGAGUUUAUGGAUGAGCAGCUGUAUGAACAGAACUGUCUGGAGACCACGGUCCAGAGCUACACCUCCCGUAGCCCCUCCCUCUCCAGCCAGGACAGGCCCAUAGGCACCUGCUGUACCCGCCGGGUGAAGAGGAGCUCCCCCCUGCCCAACUCCAGCAUGCCCCUCCAGCCCAGCCAUCAGCAUGGGCCGCUACAGGAGCUCAGCGCCCUCCGCAUCCAGUGCGGGGACAAGCUACCCCCCACCACCAGUCGCUCUAGUCUCAACAUGAAGACAGACGAGGUGGGUCUGUUCAACUGCAAGGGCGGUCAGAUUACCACGGCGAUCAUCAGCAUCCCCACGCCCCACUCUGCCACCCCGGACGGGGACGGUCUUCACGGACCCCCCCAGCGCAGACCCCCCCCUCCCCCCACCGGCCCAGAGGCCGCCAGUAUUAACACCACAGCCAGCUCCACUGUCUUCAAAGUGUCCGCUCUGUGACUGUGUGACUGACCCACUCGACAGACUGACUGAGCAGGAGGAGAGGUGAAGAGAGGCUUUCACUAGAACUCUACCUUGAAGGACCCCUGUCGCCCAUUUCAGAGAUAGAGAAAUGGGAGAGAACUCCCCGUGUAACAAGGAGUAUACAGCCUUUUAGGCAGCAAGGGGAUAGGCUAUACUAAGUGAAAUGCUGCACGGCAGCUGAUGGUAGAGAAGGCUACGAUAUGCGCAUUUUCCUAAAACGGGCCAGUAUGUGUGCAUUUUGGGAUUAUGACAGGACAAAGGAAGUCACUGUGUCUUUGUGUACUUCGCACAUACAUAUUAUUGUUUUGAUCUGCCUACAGCUAAACCCUGAAUGUCUGAAAGAUGAGGAUGAAGACACCUAUCAAUGUUUUAACUUUAGGUUGUUAGGUCUUCUUUAUGUUUUGUGUUGUCUUAUCUAUUUUCCGUGUGUGUGUGUGUGUGUGUGUGUGUGUGUGUGUGUGUGUGUGUGUGUGUGUGUGUGUGUGUGUGUGUGUGUGUGUGUGUGUGUGUGUGUGUGUGUGUGUGUGAUACUUUUAUGAAAUGUUCAUAUUUUAGUGGGUUAUAACCUUACAUUUCCAUCUAUCCACAAUGUCCUUAAAAUCUAAACAACAUAAAUGCCUACUAGUACUCUGACAAAUGUUCCAUCAGACACGCUACAGUAUUGCUGCUUUCCCAAAUCUGUCUCUCUCUCUCGCUAUCUCCCUGUCUCUCUCUCUCCCUUGCUCUCACUCGCUCUCUCUCAAUUUCAAUUUAAGGGGCGUUAUUGGCAUGGGAAACAUAUGUUUACAUUGCCAAAGCAAGUGAAAUGGAUAAACAAACGUGAAAUAAACAAUAAAAAGUGAACAGUAAAUAUUACACUCACACAAGUUCUCUCUCUCUCUGUCUCUCUCUCUGUCUCUCACUAUCGCUCCCUCUAUCGCACUCUAUAUCUCUCUCUCCCUCGCUCUCUCUCUGUCUCUCUCUCUGUCUCUCACUAUCGCUCCCUCUAUCGCACUCUAUAUAUCUCUCUCCCUCGCUCUCUCUCUGUCUCUCUCUCUGUCUCUCACUAUCGCUCCCUCUAUCGCACUCUAUAUAUCUCUCUCCCUCGCUCUCUCUCUGUCUCUCUCUCUUUCUCUUCCAAACUGUCUUCAUGUUUAAGACUUUAGCAGUUUAGUUGUUGUUGUUUCAGUUCAGUGGAAGACAGUAUAGUCACCAUGGCAACGAUGAAUGUCCAUGUCAAUGCCCUACUGUGAUGUGAACAGGCCUCCUCUACAUGUUACAUUAACUGUUGUCCGUUGGAGGUCCAUGCUGUAGGUGCCUGGUGUUUUGGAAUAGCUUGUGACUACUUGCCAAGAUGUGCUACACUAAAAUUAGAACAGAUAAACAAGUAUUUUGUUUUCAUUUUUUUGUGUAAAUUAUUAUUUUACUCUGUAGGUUUUUGAAUAAUGAAAAUGAAAAUACCAUGUUGCAUUCAAGGUAUCUGUAUGUUUUUGUAUUGACUUUGUGUACUCAGCCAUGUGGUAGACAGAGGUAAGGACAUACUGUCAUAAAAUCGCCACCUAAUCCAUUGUUGUGAGUCAAUAUGUAAUGUGGAUGUUAAAAAUAGAUGUUUUAACAUGUUGACCAUGUCACGUGAAAAGAUGAGUAAAGUUCAUAUCAAUGGGUUACUACAAACA